GGCCGCUCAUUCAUUUACCUAUCGAACGACUGAUCACAGAAUGGAAGAGCCAGCUCGAUUCGCACCUCUCACCCAAGUGUUCGACUCGCCAGAUUUUGUCCGCAACUGGGGUGACCACUUGCAUAACCUGGCUGUCGAGCACGUCGACGUGGUAUAUCCGUCCCCAGUGCACGACGGUGCCAUCUUGAACAUGCUGCCCUAUGCACACAGUCUGCGAAGACUCUGUAUGCGGGGCGCAGAUUUCACGGGCAAUUUGACUGCCUUAUCCCGACAGGGCGUCGCCCUGCCGCAGGUGGAAGAACUAGAGCUCGAUCUCUUCUUCUACGUCCCAACCUUGGGAGAGGUAUUUCUGGCCAUUCACGGCAUGGGCUCGAAGCUUGUAUCAUUGAGCUUGACGAACCUCUGGCGACAUUACGACGAACGCAACACGGAUGACGAGGCGCGCCUCGCAACAGCCAUCAGGUCUCUCAAACAGCUCCCACAACUGCGGAUGUUCACCCUGAUCACGCCGUUUAAGCCCGAAGGAGUCCCGGCGGAGGAUCUCUAUGAUAGAUCCCACCCGGUAUUCACCGUCUCGCAAACGCAGUCUUGGCAAGGUUUCAAAGUCAUGACAUCGUUUGACAGCCAGCUGGAAGGCCCCCGAUACCCCUGCAUUCACGGCCUGCGAUACGCGUGCGCCGAGCACGGUCAAAGGAGUAGUAGGAUGGGCUGGGCAUUGGACACUGUGGCCGCUCUCGUGCCUCAGACUGCCCAGUAUGGCGAUAUAGAGCAGCCUACCCUGGGUGAUUCGUGGCAGGAAAUCGAUCGUGCUUGGCAGAGGGGGAUUAUCUCGGUAUCCUGAUAUUUGGGGCGUGUAUGCGACUUGGGUAGCAGCAUU